CCUGUCUUGUAAUUAGUGCCAUUAUUUCCACCUGUGCAUCAAGGUGGUUUGUUGUUGAAUAUUAUACGGACGUUACCUUUUGCCUUGUGGUUCUGUCUAGUUCUGUCCAGGAGGAGCAAACGCAGGUGCGGCUUCACGUGAAGGUAGGAGCGAUGAGCCACAGUUACUGGAGCAGCUCACAAUGAGAGGCAGUCGGGUGCAGAGAUGAAACCUGGGCCGGUCAUUGGAAACUCGUUGUUCUGCUCACACCAGACAGAUGCAACUAGCUGCAAUUAAUCCUGUUAAUUGGCCCAACGUCUACGUCUACAGUUUCAUCAUGCUCAACAGGUGUGAGGAAGGACACCGACAGGGAGUGGCUGAUUUCCAUGUGAGGAAAAGCUGGAGAUUGAGUUCUUCACAACGUCGCUGUCUUUUCCUCAUUCUGCUUCUAGCAGCCGUUUGGUUCGUUUGCAAAAGUGACAUGAGGAUGAUCCACCCUGAGCUGUGGAAUCCUUUCAGUCGCGGCUCACAGGCAGUGACGGCGAGCGUGAACGACAGCAGCCCCACAGAAGCACCCGGUGCAGGUGGACCCGGGGUCAAUGUGAGCUCACCCCUGUUCCUUCAGACUACGCUCAACACGUCCACAGAGGCGGCGAACACAACGACCCAAAUCACAACUGCACCCGUGCCCUACACGUCCCCAGGACCCUACUUUGUGGAAUACCCCCAUGACUAUCACUUUACUAUAAAUGAGCCACACACGUGUGAGGAGCACAAGCCCUUUGUGGUCCUGGUUGUUCCCGUGGAGCCCAGCAACCGACUCCACCGCGACGUCAUCCGUAACACCUGGGGCGGCGAGACGCUGGUGCUGGGCAAAGCGGUGAAGCUGCUCUUCAUGGUGGGACGCCACGUCGGAGACGGAGCCGAGGCCGUUCAGGAGCAGCUGCUGCAGGAGAGCAGGCGGCACCGGGACGUGAUCCAGAGCGACUUCCAGGACUGCUACAAGAACCUGACCAUCAAGACCAUGGUGAUGCUGGAGUGGCUGGACUUCUACUGCUCCGGCGCCUCUUAUGCCAUGAAGGUGGAUUCAGACACGUUUCUAAAUGGGCACAAUCUGGUGAAUAUGUUGUUAACGGCUCCCAGAAAUAAUUAUAUGACUGGACUGGUGGCGAGUGAAGCUGCGGUUCUGCGGGACCUGUCCUCUAAGUGGUACUUGCCUGUGGAUCUGUACCCUCAGUCCCACUACCCACGCUAUGCUUUGGGUCUGGGAUAUGUUCUGUCCAUGGACCUUCCUCGGAAACUUGUGCAGGCCUCCAAGCACGUCAAAGCGCUUUACAUUGAGGAUGUGUAUCUGGGCCUGUGUAUGGAACACGCGGGCAUCCCCCCCACCAACCCACCGGGCUGGAACUACUUCAACGUCGGGCCCGUCGCGUACAGCCGCUGCGCUUAUUCCAAGCUGAUCGUCACCACGACCGAGCAGGACGCUGACCGCGUGGAGAUGUGGAGGGACUUUCAAAGACCUGGAACGUACUGCUGAUCUGCGUCAUCGUGGCCCAAUAACGUGUCCAUUAUAACGAGGCAGCAAAAAGUCAGCUCAGGACAGUAAACAGGUCAGACCUUUUUCAAAACCCUGUUGUAAAAUAUGUAAUAUUUUGUGUCAUUUAACUGUUGUUUUUUAGAUAAAUGGUUUCUUAAGGUCCAGUAUUCACAGAAUCCUGUACCUCUGCCUGUAUGUGUGACCUGUGCCUGUUUUUGACCUCUGCCUGCCUCGUCCUUGUUGGUGCCUCCAUCACUGCUUACCUGUGUUUUGACCUUCGACUGUACAACCAACAUUUAGUUAUGUCAUUAAAAAAACCUUUUACUUA